GCACCGAUCGCCCAUGGAGCCGGACGACGAGGCGCUGAGGGAGGUGGCCGCGGCGGUGGCGCGGGCCCCGGCGCCGCAGCGGCGUGGGAUCUCCUACAGCCAGCCGCUGUCGCGUGACGCGGCCUCCGCGCGCCGCGCCGCGCUGCGGAACCACAGCCUCGACGACGAGCACAUCCUCCCGGCGUCGCAUUCCCUCAACUACGUCCACCACGACCCCUCCGCCGGGGUGCCCAACGCCGGCGGGUACCACCCGCCGCUCCCGCCGCACGGCCAGCAGCACCACCACCACCACCCCAGCGCCUCCUACUCCAGCGGCUCCCGCCGCUCCGUGGGUGGUGCCAGCGACGGGUCCAUGACGCUCGAGCGCGCCAUGUCGGAGUACGGUGGGGGGCAUGGCACGCUCCCGGAGUUCGUCGGGGCCGGCGGCGGGAAGGGAAUCUUCCGUGUGCCGCUCCGCGCGGCCAUGCACCCGGCCCGCCCGCCCCCGCUCGAGGUGCGGCCCCACCCGCUCCGCGAGACGCAGGCGGGCUCCUUCCUCCGCACGCUGGCGGCGGAGCCGCAGCGCCGGCAGCUCUGGGCCGGGGCCGAGUCAGGGAUCAGGGUGUGGGCGCUCGACGAGGUGUUCGCCGGGUGGGGCGCCGGGGCGCGCCGCGGCGACGAGGAGAGCGCACCGUUCCGCGAGGGCGUGCCCGCCCCGCCCGCGCUCUGCGUCGCCGUGGACAGGGCUAACCGGCUGCUGUGGACGGGGCACAAGGACGGGAGGAUCCGGUCCUGGCGCAUGGACCUCGACGUGGCCGCCACUGCGCCCGCGCCUCCUCCUGCCGGUGCAGGUGACGGCGGCGGGAGCGUUGGGGGGAGCAACCAUGGCGGGGUAAACAACGCGCCGGUGUUCAAGGAAGCACUCACGUGGCAGGCGUACGGCCGGACGCCCGUGCUCUCCAUGGUCGUCACUUCAUUUGGUGAGAUAUGGUCGGGCUCCGAGGGUGGAGUCAUAAAGGCAUGGCCUUACGACGCCAUUGCCAAGUCGCUCUCACUGUCACCGGAGGAGAGACACAUGGCUGCGUUGUUGGUUGAAAGAGCAUACAUUGAUCUCAGGAACCAUUGCACAGUUGGAAAUGUAUGCUCUUUGCCUGCUUCUGAUGUGAAGUACAUGCUUGCCGAUUAUUCUCGUGCAAAAGUGUGGACGGUUACAAGCAUGACAUUUGCUCUCUGGGAUGCUCGUACAAGGGAGUUGCUGAAAGUAUUUGGGAUGGACGGGCAAGUUGAGUCAGCUCGGCUAGAGACACCUGUCAUGCCAGAGCAACCCGUUGAGGAAGAGGUCAAAGUAAAACCUUCAAAGAAAGACAAAUCCCAAGGUUCUUUGAACUUCUUCCAGAAAUCUAGGAAUGCCUUAAUCGGAGCAGCUGAUGCAGUGCGUAGAGUUGCAACAAAGGGGACAUUUGUCGAAGAUAACCGUAGAACUGGAGCAGUGGCUCAAGCAAUGGAUGGAGCAAUUUGGUCAGGAUGCACGAAUGGUUCCAUUAUACAGUGGGAUGGAAAUGGGAACAGAAUGCAAGAAUUUCAGCAUCAUACUUCUUCUGUGCAGUGCAUAAAGGCACUUGGAGAAAGGGUUUGGGUGGGCUAUGCCAGUGGUACUGUUCAAGUCAUUGAUGUUGAAGGUAACCUUCUUGCAGGAUGGACUGGACAUAGCUGUCCAGUUAUAAGAAUGGCAAUCGGUGGCUCGUACAUUUACACAUUGGCGCAUCAUGGUGGUAUUCGGGGAUGGCCACUGACAUCCCCAGGACCUCUUGAUGAUAUUUUACGAACUGAAUUAUCUAACAAAGAGUUAUCAUACACUAGAAUGGAAAAGAUAAACAUAAUGGUUGGAAGUUGGAAUGUAGCACAGGGUAAAGCAUCUGCAGAGUCACUUAAAUCAUGGUUGGGUAGUGUAUCAUCUGAUGUUGGGCUGGUUGUCGUUGGCUUACAAGAGGUUGAGAUGGGUGCAGGUUUUCUCGCCAUUUCUGCAGCGAAAGAAACUGUAGGACUUGAAGGCAGUGCCAAUGGGCAAUGGUGGAUAGACAAUAUUGGUAAAGCACUUGAUGAGGGGACAUCAUUCCAUCGAGUUGGUUCUAGGCAGUUGGCUGCAUUACUUAUUGCCGCAUGGGCAAGAAAGAGCCUUAAGCCAUAUGUUGGUGAUGUGGAAGCUGCUGCAGUGCCAUGUGGUUUUGGACGUGCUAUCGGCAAUAAGGGUGGUGUAGGACUAAGGAUAAGAGUCUAUGAUCGUAAAAUGUGUUUUGUCAGCAAUCAUUUUGCUGCACAUUUGGAAGCUGUAAGCAGACGAAAUGCUGACUUUGAUCAUAUUUACCGGACAAUGUCUUUCAACAAACCUCAUGGAUCCACAGCUUCUGCUACAUCCGUCCAAUUGCAUAGAGCAGUGAAUGUAAAUGGGAAUCAGGUCGAUGAGGUCAGGCCUGACUUGGCUGAAGCUGAUAUGGUUGUCUUUCUUGGUGAUUUCAACUAUCGUCUUUAUGGUAUCACAUAUGAUGAAGCAAGGGACAUGGUUUCACAAAGAAGCUUUGAUUGGCUAAGAGAGAAAGAUCAGCUUCGAGCAGAAAUGAAAGCUGGAAAGGUGUUCCAAGGAAUGCGUGAAGGUCUCAUCAAAUUUCCUCCGACCUACAAAUUCCAAAAGCACCAGCCAGGUCUAGGAGGGUAUGAUUCGGGUGAGAAGAAGAGGAUACCUGCUUGGUGUGACAGAGUACUAUACCGUGACAGUCGUCCUAUAUCAGUAGCUGAAUGCUCGCUAGAAUGCCCUGUAGUUGCUUCAAUCACAUCGUAUGUAGCUUGCAUGGAUGUCACAGAGAGUGAUCACAAACCUGUGAGGUGUACAUUUAGUGUUGAUAUUGCAAGAGUGGACGAACUAAUAAGAAGACAAGAGUAUGGGGAAAUAAUUGAAUCAAAUGAAGAGGUACGAUCUAUGCUUGAGGAGUCUUGUUUUGUCCCAGACACCACAGUCAGCACAGGCGAAAUUAUACUGGAAAAUCAAGAAAAUAUUGUCUUUCGGAUUACCAAUAAAUGUGAGACAAGCAAAGCGGCUUUUGAAAUCACAUGUGAAGGUCAGUCAAGCAAAAAGGAGGAAGCAACUAAAUCAGAGAUUCUUCCGAGGAUAUCAUUUGGCUUUCCACUUUGGCUUGAGGUUCAACCAGCGGUUGGCCUCAUUAAACCAGGAGAAACUGCGGAGAUCACAGUCCAUCACGACGACUUCUACACGCAGGAAGAGUUUGUCGACGGAAUCCCACAGAACUGGUGGUGCGAGGACACCAGGGACAAGGAGUGCGUCCUCACGGUAAGCAUAAGAGGCAGCACCUCGACGGAAACCAAGUCCCACACGAUCAACGUCCGGCAUCGCUGCCCGGCGACGUCGGCGCCGCCGGCCAUCAUCAGCAACCCACCGGCGGCCGCCGCGCCGCCGAGCAACGUCCUGUCCAGCGAGGCGCCGUCCAAGCGCUCCUCCAAGAAGAGCCAGUCGAACCACAAGCGGGAGCUGCGGGAACAGCAGCAGCAGCAGGACUACGCUCAGUUUGGGAGCUCGGAGGUACAUGACCUGUGCCGCAUGCGCUGCCCUUGAUCGAGCUAGACCUGUAGAGAGAUCAGGACUACUGUCAAAUAUCGCAGUUCUUUCUAGAGAUUGGGGGGAUCAGAAUUCAGAUGUUCUCGUAGGUGUUUUACAUAUAAAAUCAGGGAGGAGUUGCUCCAGUUCUGUACAUAUGCUUCACUUACCCUCUACCAGCCGCCACUGCUUUAUAAUUGUAACCCAAACAAACAAGGAGUCUAGAGUCAUGGGAUACCACUGCUCAUAAUUUGGUGUUUUUUUUGAACUAAAUGUUGUUUCUUAAGGAUGAUGUUUUACUAUAGAGAGAAUUCAGGGAAAGUUACAUAGGGAAAAGAAUGAACAGUGCUCAGUGUAAUCUGUUUCAUAGUCUUGUUUUAUUUUUUCAGUGAAAAGUGUUAAGGUUUCCAUUUUUCCCUGAAAGACUAACUGAUCUUGUAAUUUAUGACUAUUCACUUUGGUAAUAACAGAUUUAUUCUUUUUCUUUGGAGGCAA